AUGGGCGACGUGCGCGAUAUUCUCAGAGGUGGACUCAUGUCCCAGUCUCACCCGGCUCCAUCGAACGGAGCUCCCAUGCCACAUUCACCAACAGCCGAUUCCUGGAGAUGGACUGAAUACACGAGUGAGUAUCGACCAUUCUCACAGUACACGUACAGUGCGGGAUCAUGGCAUCGCAAUACCCCGUUGGAUACAACGGAUGGACCCAGUUCCUGGUAUGCAGAGGUCGCUGAGAGGAUACACAAGGCAGAGGAGUAUAAGACGCGAUCUCGUUCUUCGGGUAUCGGGGAGACGGAUUACCCCUCCGAGAGGAACCGCCUAAUUUGGAGUAAUUCGGUGUCCGCACUCACGCUACACGAUACCGUGGAUAGCGGUGCAAGACACCGCAGGCAGAAGAGCAGGUUCCACUCGCUGGGACCCGCUUUUCCCCUGAACAAGGACAGUAAACCUGCGUUGGCAACCGCUUCCACCGGUCGGAGUGCAAGCAAGCCCAGAACAAGCCGCAGCGUUUCACGUAGGCGCCCAGAAAGCAAAGACGUUCCAGACUCGAAGACCGGGGCAACGUCUCCCACGAAGACGGCCGCAAAAACUCCGACUGCGAAACCUCCAGCGAAAAAAGUCCCUGAUAAUAAAGAAGUCCAGAGUCCAAAACCGCGAGCAGUGGUGAAGCCCACACCCGCGAAAGAGGGGGAUAAAAUCAAGGAAGAAAAGAAAUGGAUCAAACCCGCGCCCAGCGAGACCAUCGAUUCAAAGGCGAAAGAUAGCGGCAAAGACAGCAAACCCGCCGCCGAGAAGAUUUCUCCGAAAAAUGCAGAGACACCCUCCGCCCCCGCGAGACACGCGACAUCGGCAUCUUCUCCCGCCGCUGCUCCACCCGCGAAAGCACCCACACUCCCGGUGGUUUCCCCAGUCGCGAAGAAUGGAGCAGCUCCGAAACCGGCCGAAAUCCUCAAACCUACACCUACCCCCACUCAACCAGUUCAGGCUGCUCCCGCAGCGUCCGAGCCCGUUCAGCCGCAGACCAAGCCGACCGUUCCCGAGCCUGUCGCUAAGCCGGUGGCAGUCGAGAGGAAAGUUCCCGACGUGAAACCCUUGGCCAUGGCUACCCCCCUGAUCCCGUCGGUCGCUCCCACACCCGUGGCUCCGAAAACCGCUCCCGUGGAUCCCAUGGCGCAGUCCUUCAUUGAUCACAGCACCAUCGGAGGGGGCGGUCCGGCUGCCAAAGUCGUUCCGAAACCAGCUGACUUGAACAUGGCGAGGUCGAGGCUGGACGAGUUCUGGGCAGAAGGGAAGUAA